UGCCUGGGACAUGGAGAAGGAAAGCUAAGUAGAGAGCAGAGAGUUGUGCCAGCAAUGGGAAGUGUAGCCGCAGUCCUUCUUUUCCUGCUCAGCAUAACAGUCACCAUUUGCAAUCCCCAGGACACCUGCCCAGAGGUGAGAAUAGUGGGACUAGGUGAUGCUGACCGGCUGGCUGUUCUCCAAGGAUGCCCAGGGAUCCCAGGUGCCUCUGGCUCAAAGGGAGAACCAGGUCUCCCAGGAACAAAAGGAGAAAUGGGAGCCCAGGGACUCCCUGGGAAAGCAGGACCACCUGGUACAAAAGGAGUGGCUGGAGAUCCUGGCUUCCCAGGACCAAAAGGGACAAAAGGAGAGCCUGGGUUUCCAGAAACUUUGGCCAGGAACUGCCAAGAGCUGCUGGAUAAAGGGAAGAUCCUGAGUGGAUGGUAUACUAUCUACCCCCAAGGCUGCAAUGCCACCACUGUCUUCUGUGAUAUGGACACAGAUGGUGGAGGAUGGAUUGUUUUCCAGAGACGCUCGGAUGGAUCAGUGAAUUUUUUGCGAGAUUGGUAUUCAUACAAGCAAGGAUUUGGCAACCAGCUAACAGAGUUCUGGCUGGGGAAUGACAACAUCCACUUCCUCACCUCUCUGGGAAACUGCGAACUCCGUAUUGACCUGAGAGACUUUGAGAACAACUACUACUAUGCCAAGUACGCUUCUUUCAGAAUUUUAGGAGAGUCUGAGAAGUACAAACUAGUUCUAGGAGACUUCCUUGGUGGAAAUGCUGGAGACUCCUUAUCAUACCACAAGGACAUGCCAUUUUCAACAACAGACCAGGACAACGACAUGAGCUCCUUUAAUUGUGCCACAACCUAUAAGGGAGCAUGGUGGUACAAUGACUGCCACUACUCUAACCUGAAUGGGAUGUACUGGCUGGGCGUUCAUGGGAGCUAUGCUGAUGGUAUAAACUGGAAGACCAGCAAAGAAUACCACUACUCCCAUAAGCAAACGGAAAUGAAAUUCAGGCCACUGUAACAGGGCAAGAGGAUGUCUAACUGGUACCAACGCAUGCCACUCAAUAGCCAACAGAAGACAGAAAACAUAAUGUUAUUUGAGGGCAAAAUUGAACAAAGAAUUAUAUUGUAACUUGUGGCUAUAGCCCAUAGCAGCUUUUAGAAAGCAGAAGCCCUCCAGAUGCUGACUAAGCUUGAGCAUCUUUUUUCUGAAAAAUCAUUGCCUUGAUUUAAAGACCAAGUGAUGGUAACGCUACUGCAUCUCAGCAAAGCUCUCAGAUGGUAUUUCCUUCAGUGGCAAAUACUGGUAAUUUUCUCUCUAAUCCAUGUAUAUGAAGCCUUCAGUGGUUUUGCAGCCUCUUUUUCUGUUGGACUCAAGAGUGAUCUGAAAGGACUGAAUUCUCACACCCUCCCUUCAGGCCAUGCUGGAGCUAUGAUGUAGACUGAAAUGGAAAGGACUGAGCUUCCAGUACAGUGUUGUUAGCACUGUCACCUCCCUGCUUACCUUCCCAUUGUCUCACACACCAUGUACUCCAGGAACCACAGUGACAUUGCCCACCAAAAGCCAGCUGCAGCCAGGCCCAGAGCCAGUUUCAGCCAUUACCAAGGCACGUUUUCAGCAUCUCAUUCUUAAGCCACCAUGGACCAAGAGCUGAAUACAAGAUUGUCUAGUAAUGUGUGUAGUACUAAGACACUAAAAUAGUCCCAAGUUAAACCUCACACAAGUGGCCAGCAGGGGCCAGUAUCUUCCAUUUCUUUUUCUUUCAAGUAGCAUUUGAAAACAGGCUAUCCACGGGCAGAUGGAAACAGCUCAUCCAUAAUUUGACUAUUAGCAGAACAAGUUAAAUAGAAUGUCUUGUUCUUUGACUCCUACCCCUAUAGAUGAUGAGUGAAAGGGGACCCUAGUGCUAAAUUUGCACUGCAGGGACAAACCAGUCAGUGGAACCAGAGUAUUUAUUUGUGUUAUGUUCCUAAAGGUCACAGGUUUAUUGUGCAACUUAGUGCACAAAUGUGUAGCAAGGUAAUACUUACAACAUUGGUAAGCCUUAAAACAUUGAGUCCAAACCUUGUGAGUAUGGGAAAAGUGAAGAGGCACCUCACUCAGCACAUGGGUGACGUGCUGAGAAAUAAAUCUGAGGUUUUGCACAUCCCUAUACAUUAGGUCCUGUCCCUGCUCACUCCUUUUUUUUUUAGGUACAUGACAAAGUGCAUGUCUGAGUAGAGAAUGCACUAAAUUUACCAUAGUCACUUCCCUAUCUCCAGGGACUCUGUUAUGUUUUUCUCCUAUUCCCAGUGAUUUAAGUGUCCUCAGCAGGAGCAGGAUCAACAUCCUACAGCAUCCAGUUCUGUCUGACCAGAUCAGCCACCCAUGUUGUUGUCCAGGAGCAGCCUCUCAGAAAAGCCCAUAGCACUGCCACAGACAACACUGAGGACAAGCAGCUCCUUUGUGGAGACAUGAACUGAUGCUGACACCCCCUGUUUUAACCUAGCUAGAAGUGCUGAGUCCCCAUUCAUCGGUCCCCCAAUACAUUCUCCUCUUAUUACACAGAAACCUUCAAUAUUUAAAUUUCAGCUCUGAAAGACACACAGGUUAGUAGGUUUAAGAGCACUCCUAGAACAGUCUACCCAAGUCCAUCUGGUUGGUUUUCCUACACCUUCACUCGGAUUCAGAGGAAAUAUUCAGGUAUUUAUUUGGGGGGUGUUGGGUGAGGUAGUUGGUACCUGGCUGGAGCAUGAGGUUCUCCUGCAUCCCCUAAGCCAAGUUAUGAGACUGCCAGCCUCCAAGGGCUCCACAGCAGCUUUUUCCAAGGAAGAACACAGCAGUUUUGUCAUGUGCAAGUACUCAAAGAUUUCACAGUUUGUAAGAAUUAAAGUUGUGUUUUUGCAGUGGAAAAUUCCACUAACCUUGCACUUUUGAAUAGUGAUUGUACAAGCAUAACAGUGGCAUAACAGUGGGGGGUAUGUUAAGCAGAUAAGGGGACAGUGGAAGGUCCCACUGUACCAAAAUAAGCAGGAUGACUAAGAAAAACAAGACAAGCAGUUGCAAAAUCAGAAAAAGAAAAUAUAAUAAUAAUAAUCAUGGGCCCCUCCAGUUAUGAGAGAAGAAGAAAUAAAGGGGAAAAAGGAGAAAUUAUAGGUUGGUCAAAUAAAAUUUUACAUAUAUGGUAUAGCAACAAGCUUCAAGUAGGUUGUGAACCUGUAGUACUCAGCCAAUGAGGAAACAGGGAAGAAAUCAAGCAUCAGGUAAUAGAUGAUAUAAGGUUAUGAUACACUCCUGCUUGCAGGAUGUCCACCAUUGCAAUCACAAAUAGAAUUGUUACUUCACUGAAAUCCUCAACUGAGCCUGUGUAGAUUCUGUGCAGAUUCUCACAGUUUCUCACAAAUUGGGGCUCAUUUGGGAUCCAGUCGCAUUCUGGGGACACCUGUUACCACCACAGCAGGAAGGCAUGCCCUGCUGAUUUUAGUGGUCAUGUGCAUUGGUGACAGUGGUUCUGCAGAGAACCGAUAAAGGAACCGAGACUGGUUAAGAAUGUAGGAUCAGUG